AUGGGAACAGUAGAUUUGGCGAAUGCAUUGGUGCAAUGGGUACUCGCCGCCGGGAUUGAGGAUCAGGACCAGUAUGAGGACAUGGUGUGGAACAAGACUAAAGAGGUCAUGGCGGAAUUUGUGGACUACAUGGAGCGCGACGAUAUAACACUGUAUGCAUCGAAUUGUGAUAACAAAGGAUGGGAGCACCAGAACUACCCCGCCGGUGUGCGCGGAGUAGGACAAACGGUGGGCGAUAAAAUUGUAUGCGUACUGAUGGUAGGGGCCUUAUUUUUCAUGAAUGGGUGGACUAGUACAGAAAGUACUCGACAGCGGGAAGAUGACACCAGUGAAAGAAUAAGGGCGCACUUGCUAUGUGCAAUAGUACAUAUGUUCAGUCAAGUAUUACACGAAUCCGUGUGCAGGAGUAGGUGGGGAAUAUUUUAUGCAUGGUACUCAAUGGAACAAAUGGACACUGGGCCAGGAAGUUUUCCGGCAGGUUUAAUAAAGAAGGGAACAUGUGGUAGAAACAUAUCUUCGGAUGUACAAAUAAGGGACCUUGAGUUAAAUGCGGAAGUAAAGAAAUGGUUAGGGCAAAAUAGUACACUCAAAAAGGCAAUAACGAGAGUACAAGGACAUGCACUGUGCACGACGCGCUGGCAGGACGCAUGGAGCAUAGACGAAAUCCUAGGGAAUGGCACUAUACAGGAUACGCAAGGGCUGCCGAUUGCUCCGAUAGUCCAUGAAUUGAAGGAAGGAAUCAACGAACUAUUUACGGAAAUCGGGAAACAGGCAGCGGACAGCAUAGAAAAAAGGGAACAGGUGAAGAAAGCGCAGUUAGAGAAGGAUGACAAGAACGGACAGGAACGCGCCUCCAAUGCAGCAACACAAGCGCCAGCAAAACCGGUAGCACCGACAGCAAAGGAAACACCACAGGGACCGACAGGUAAGGACCGAUGGGGAGAAAGCACGAAUACGUACGAAUACUGA